AUGGCACCCACCGCCCAACUCCCCGGCUCUCCCCCGAGGAAGCGGUCACGGAAAGCGGCGACGGACGACAACGUGACCCGGCCACUCUCAGCCCACAGCCAUGUGCAUUGGGGAAUCAAGCGCCCUCGGUUCGAAGUUAAACUCGACAGUGGCAACGAUCUGCGGAUUCCCAAGAGGGAACGAUAUUCCCCUUCGGUAGAUGAGAGCCCAUCAAAGAUAUCUGCCUCCAUAAGGUCAGACGCCAAGGCUGACAGUGACCCGACCCUUUGCGCUGCUGGCGACGACGUUGUCGCCGCGGGUACCAGGAGCAGUCGCCAUCCUCCGGUCUCUCAGAAGACCGUCGCUGUCGACUCUGAAGCAGAACCGGAGGAACGUCACGGUUCACUCGGCCACGGAGACGACAAAGAGCCAAGGGCCGAUGACGGUGCCUCGAUCCUGCCUCAAGGAACGUCUGGCACGCCCGCUGCUAGUGAUGCGAAAGAGGGAGAUCUUGACGCGACCGUUAUCUCUGGGAAUUCACGCGUUGAUGUAAAGUCCGCUUCAGACCCUGUCGGUGGCCCACACAAGGACACCCCGACUACCCAUCUGACGUCUCUAUCGAGCACUGAAAGCUCAGCGGUCAGACCAGAUGGCGACAAUGCAGUGGCCAACGCCGCAAAGGAUGCCUCAGUAAAUCCCUCUGCGCACCUGGACUUACUUGGCAGCCCUUCGGACGAUACGCAAGGCGUCAGCACCCCCACGGCAUCUCGUCCUGACCAAGGUCCUGCCGUAAUUCCCGACUCGUCGGGCCACCUGACGGACAAGAGCCGCUCAAUCGAGCACACGACCAACGCGGAGGUAUCUGCUCAGCAAGAUGACGUUCCGCAUAACACGGACUUGCCCUUUGGUAUUCUGUCUGAGUUUCCUUCGGAUCUUUUGUAUGAGAUCCUCGGCCACGCGUCUCCAUUGACAUUACUUACUCUGUCGCGGGUCAAUCACGCUUUCCGGGAGGUGCUGAUGUCUCGCAAGAGACGAUAUAUCUGGAGACGGUCUAUCAAAGCGGCCAAUGCAUCUUACGUGCGAUUUCCAUUAUGCCCGAAAGGCAUCACUGAGCCCCAAUGG